AUCAUCCCACCCAAUUCAAGUCUCGGAUUCUACCAUUUGUUGCUCUAUAAAGAUCUUUUGAUUUCACCUUAUCUCAUUAAUCAAAGCACCUCAAUAUCUCCUUAUCCCACACUAUAUUUUUCUUCCCUCAACUCAAAACGGGAUGCCGGCGGCAGGGUUUUCGGUGGCUCCGUCCGCCGUGGAAUUUGAGGCCAAGAUAACUCCGGUGGUUAUCAUUUCUUGUAUGAUGGCCGCUACUGGAGGCCUUAUGUUCGGUUACGACAUUGGCGUUUCCGGGGGAGUGACGUCGAUGCCUUCAUUUCUUAAGGAGUUUUUUCCGGUAGUGUAUGAAAAGACUCAACAACACCAAGGAGACGACAACAAUUACUGUAAAUACGAUAAUGAAAACUUACAGUUGUUCACAUCGUCUCUUUAUCUCGCGGCGUUAACCGCCACAUUCUUCGCUUCUUACACCACUAGAGCUCUCGGCCGGAAACAGACCAUGCUUAUCGCCGGAAUUUUCUUCAUUGUCGGAACCAUUUUGAAUGCCUCCGCCGUUAGCCUCCUCAUGCUUAUUCUUGGAAGAAUCUCCCUGGGUUGUGGAGUUGGAUUUGCCAACCAGGCGGUGCCGUUGUUUCUAUCGGAGAUUGCACCGACGAGAAUUCGUGGAGCUUUGAAUAUAUUGUUUCAAUUCGAUGUUACCAUCGGGAUUUUGUUGGCAAACCUUAUCAAUUACGGGACAUCCAAAAUUGAAGGAGGAUGGGGAUGGAGGGUAUCAUUAGCACUGGCUGGCGUUCCAGCAUUUCUAUUAACGCUUGGAGCAAUCUUGGUUGAUGAUACUCCAAAUAGUUUGAUCGAACGUGGUCAUUUGGAGAAAGGAAAAGCAGUGUUGAAGAAAAUCAGAGGAACAGAGAAUGUUGAGCCAGAGUAUUUAGAGAUCUUGGAGGCAAGUCGCAUUGCUCAAGAAGUGAAACAUCCUUUCAAAAACCUCCUCAUGCGCCAGAAUCGCCCACCUUUAGUCAUUGCCAUAAUGUUGCAAAUCUUCCAACAACUCACCGGCAUCAACGCCAUUAUGUUCUACGCUCCAGUUUUGUUCAACACGGUAGGCUUCGGUAACGAUGCGGCUUUGUACUCUUCUGUCAUAACAGGAGCCGUCAAUGUCCUUUCUACAUUGGUGUCUAUUUACUCAGUCGACAAGAUCGGGCGACGGAUGUUGUUAUUAGAAGCUGGAGUCCAAAUGUUCGUCUCUCAAACCAUCAUUGCAGUUCUAUUAGGCUUAAAACUCCAGGAUAGCGCUAAUGAUAUGUCGCGUGGGAUGGCGAUUGUGGUGGUGUUGAUGGUGUGUAGUUUUGUUUCAUCUUUCGCAUGGUCUUGGGGUCCACUCGGAUGGUUGAUUCCGAGUGAAACUUUUCCAUUGGAGACUCGAUCGGCUGGGCAAAGUGUGACAGUUUGUGUGAAUAUGGUCUUCACUUUUGUGAUAGCCCAAUCUUUCUUGUCAAUGUUGUGCCAUAUGAAGUUUGGAAUCUUCUUGUUCUUCUCUGGUUGGGUGUUGGUAAUGUCGUUGUUCGUACUGUUUUUGUUGCCAGAGACAAAGGGUGUUCCCCUCGAAGAGAUGACAGAGAAAGUGUGGAAGCAACAUUGGUUCUGGAAGAAAUUUAUGGAUAACACAGACACAAAGGAUUCCGUUUAAGCAUUAUAUAACUAAGCUAAGGUGUAUUGGUUUUUUAUGUCCUUUCUAACUUUCAUUAUUGUGAAUGAGCGUGACACGUCAAAGUCGUAGGCAUGUAUUAAUUUUUUAUUGACGUAUCUACAUUUUCAUCGAUAUAUCUACAUAUCUAUGAGUUUAACAUAGAGAUAAAGAUGUUAUUUCAUAAGAAAAGUCGAUGAAUACAAAUGUCAUUAGAAUGAGUACAAUAUUUA